AUGGCGGACACCACAGAAACCCAAGUUCCCCCCGUCGACGAGACGACCAUUGCCUCCGUCAAGACCAACUCUGAUCGCAAGAACUCGCUGUCCAACUACCUGAAGCACCGCCCCGAACGCUCCGAGCUGGUAGAGAAGAACAUCCUCCCGGAUUCCACAGCCGCACCCGGCCUCAUUGCCAGCCAGAAAGAGCUCCAAAAACACAUGCUCGAAGACAAGCUCAACGACAAAAUCUCCCACCGCCCCUCCCCCGACGCCCUCCUCAAGGACGGCGUCCUGCACGAAGACCCGCGCUCCCCAGAGGAAAAGUACGAGGAGGCUAUUGAGGAGGAGUACGCCAAGCGGGAGGGCGGCGCGUGA